CGGGCCGGGCCGGGCCGGGCGCUGUGGGGCGGUAGGCCGGGCCGGGCCGGGCCGCUCGCUGAGGGGAGCGGUCGUUGCUGACGGGCCGCGGGCGACGUGGCCAUGGGGCGCUUCGCGGGGCUUCCUCACCUCCCGGCCGCCGCUAUCCUCCUCUUCCUCCUCGUCCGCUGCGCCGCCGCAGCCUCCCUCCUGCUCCGGAGCCGCCCGGCUGAGCGCAACGACAGACCCAUCAUCGGGGUGUUGUCACAGGAAUGUCACUUCGAGAAGUUUCGCAGAUUUGGAAGUUCUUAUAUCGCAGCUUCAUAUGUGAAGUUUUUGGAAUCUGCUGGUGCCCGAGUUGUGCCAAUAAGAUUAAAUCUUUCAGAUGAAGAAUAUGACAAAAUAUUCCACUCUAUUAACGGGGUACUUUUUCCAGGAGGUGGUGUGGAUCUUAAGACUUCAGAAUAUUCCAGGGUUGCUAAGAUAUUUUACCACAAGGCAUUAGAGGCUAAUGAUAAAGGAGAUUAUUUCCCAGUAUGGGGAACAUGCCUUGGACACGAAGAGCUUACAUACCUCACAAGUGGCGAAGUUUUACUUGUUAAUACCAAGACAGAUGGUUUUGCACUCCCUCUGAACUUUACCUCAGCUGCAAAAGACAGUAGAUUAUUCAAGAAUUUCCCUGAUGAUGUGUUACGUGCAUUUGCUACUGAGCCGUUGACAUCAAACUUUCAUAUGUGGAGCCUCUCCAUGGAGAAUUUCACAAAGAAUGAAAGGCUUCGUAAUUUCUAUAAUGUUCUGACCACUAACACCGAUGGUGAACUGGAGUUUAUAUCUACCAUGGAAGCGUACAAAUACCCAAUUUAUGGUGUCCAGUGGCAUCCAGAGAAAAAUCCUUUUGAGUGGAAGGAUUCACCUGGCAUUCCACAUUCCCCAUCAGCUGUAAAAGCAGCCUAUUAUAUAGCUGACUUCUUCAUUAAUGAAGCCCGGAAGAGCCUGCACCGUUUCCCCAGUCAAGAUGAGGAAACAAAAGAAUUGAUUUAUAAUUAUACUCCGAUUUAUACAGGAACAUUUUCUUCAUUUCAGCAAAUCUAUUUUUUUGAUUGAGUGUCGUGUCAAAGGUGCAAUGUUACUAUUUAUAAAUGGAAUUAUUUGCCAGCAUUGCAUAAUCAAGCUGAUAUAGCGUGACAGCCAGAACAGUUCUCUUCCUUUGCAAUGAUUUAUCCUGUGUUUCUUCUGUGCUGUUGGGCCAUUAAUAUAAAAAUUUACAUUCAGUAAUGUAAUAAUGGUCUUGGAUCACACUUUAAGGUAAGGUACAGAAAAAUGCAUUUUUCUUCCAGCGAAGAGGUCUUGAUUAUGCUUAUAAACCUGAAAGUAAUUAGGUUAUUACAAGGAAAAACACUGUAUUCAUAUAUUUUAAAAUACGAGAGUUUUCUUUGUAAAAUGUUGUGGACUGUGAUACUAGGGGCUUUGAUACAUUGCUUAGUAAAAUCUUAUCCUUUUCACAUGAUCUAACAAAUGAGACUUCUGAUCUUGGGUUUGUCGUAAAUAUGUGUAUGUGACCAAGUUCUUGACAGGGACUAUUUUGUCAUUUGAAAAAAUGACCAACAUGAUAAAGGGGUAUGAUAUCAAAACGGCAUUUUUGCCUAAAAAGCACAUGCUAUAUCCCAUUUGUGAAGCUGUUUCUCUUGUACAUUCAAUAUUAUUUGGAGUGCUUAUACCCUGUGACAUCUGCGUAAAUAUGAGGAUGUCGUGUAAACUAGACAUUGCAAAUAUCACAUAAAAUAAGUCAGUUUAGAGGACAUAGUUAAGUGCUGAUUCCACUUUCUGUUCUUUUCAAAUUCAGUUUUAUAUGUCCUCCAAGAAUUUCUGUGAGAGUGAGUGGAGUCAGCAGACAGAUAUGAGAUGCAGACGUCCGUUUCUUUGUAUUUAAAGGAAUGUAAACCUGAUUUUUUCUUUACAUAGUCUGACUUUUCCUGUAGCUCCUGGCUAGAAUUCUCACUUUGAGUCAAGAGGUAGUUUGCCAUUGAAGACGGUAGUUUCUUUCUGUCUUGUCAGAUAGUUUAAUGCAGCUAGAAUUCAAACAGCAGAUGAAUGUAUUUGAGAAACUUAUUAAUGUUGACAUAAUGUGGUAAUAGCAGUUGCAUUCAAUACACUGUGAUGCCUUUUUUCUUUUUUUUUUUUCUCUUUGCUUUACUGCACGCUUUGUGAAAGUUUUGCUCAGUAGUUUUGUGUGGUGUCCAAAAAGGAACUAAGAUGAGACAGUCAAACAUAAAUCUCCUCUAUUGCACAGCUUCCAAACUCUGUUAACAUCAAUGGGGAUUUGGAGUUUAUGAAGAAUUCAGCUUUGUACCUCAGCUGUUUUAUAGUACCUUAUAUGCUCAAGUACCAUAUCUGAAUAAAGCUGGUACAUUUCUCAGGUUUUUUCAAGUAAAGUACUCUCUAACUUGUUCUUUAUCGUGAAACAACUACGUAAGAGAAUGUGAAAUGCAUUAGUUAAAAAACUAUAAGGAAACAUUAACUGUGACUACCAGAAAGACACUACCAGGUAAUUACAAGCAUAAAUAUGCAGAUUAUUUCUACAUUUGUCAGAGCGGCCAAAUCCAGUAAAUGGACCUCUUUUUCAAUAAAGGUGACUUUAUUAUAUUAACUUUAUUAGCUGACUCCUAAGUAGAACCGAGAGUAAAAAGAGGAUUAUGCUCUACAGUUGCUAUAAAUGCCGCAGCUAAGGUAGUUACAAACCAAGUCCAGUCUUCUUUUUCAGGAAUAGCCCUAAGAAUUUGCCUAAGUAAGGAGGGCAGGAUUUACCCUUAAAAACAGGGAUCAGUCGUGCAAGUGAAACAUCUGCUAUAACUGCAAAUGGUAGUAAUUAGUUCCUAUGUGUGUAACUAUAAGGAAUAUUGUGUGUAAUAUGAUGAGGGAGCAGUGUCUGUAUUAUGAAUUUUUUUUGUGUCUUUCCUUUGUAUUCUUUAUCUUGUAAAGCCUUGUUUGAUGGUACCGAUGAUUUUUCUAUGAUACACAAAAUAAACUUUUAUUCAAGCA